GCUGCUGAGAUCGCAACAGCUCCCUAAUCAAAAGUCAUGCCGCCUGCAACUCGAGCAUCGACGCGUGCAGACAACAAGUCGCUGAUCGACCCAGCGGACUGGAUUGCCACGGUGCAGCGAUGCCUCACACGCCCUGAGCUCACCUGGGCUGUCGCGGGCCUGCUGCUGCUGGCAGAGAUCGCCAUCAAUGCGCUGAUCAUCUGGCGCGUUCCCUAUACGGAGAUUGACUGGAAGGCGUACAUGGACGAGGUCAAGGGCGCGAUCGACGGCGAGCGAGAUUACACCCUGCUCAAGGGCGACACCGGACCGCUCGUGUAUCCGGCCGGAUUUGUCUACCUGUUUGGCGCAUUCUACUACAUGACUGAGAACGGAACCAACAUUUUCAAGGCCCAGCUCAUCUAUGCCGUGCUGUACAUGCUGACCUUGACUGUCGUGCUUGCCAUCUACCAGCGCGCGCGAACGGUUCCCCCUUAUGCUCUGCUCUGGUUGACCUUUACCUCGUAUCGAAUCCAUUCCAUCUUUGUGCUGCGAUUAUUCAACGAUCCGAUCGCAAUGCUCUUGUUCUACGUGGCUGUUCUACUGUUCAUGCAUCAUCGCUGGUACAUUGGCUGCGUAUUCUACAGUCUCGCAGUUUCCAUCAAAAUGAACAUUCUGCUUUCGGCGCCAGCGCUCUUGUUGCUCCUGCUGUCCAACCUCGGUGUCCGCGGCACGGUGCCAGCGUUGUGCAUCUGUGCUGUUCUGCAGGUGCUACUCGGUCUGCCGUUCUUGAUGGCGCAUCCUGUUAGCUACUUGAGUCGGUCUUUCGAGCUGACGAGACAAUUCUUCUUCAAGUGGACGGUCAACUGGCGGUUUGUGGGCGAGGACUUGUUUCUCGACCGGCGGUUCCACCUGGCUUUGCUUGGGCUGCAUCUCUUUGUGCUGGCAGUGUUUGCAACCCGUCGGUGGAUUCGUCCAGACGCUAGUUUGAGUGCUUUCCUUCGACGAGCAUUUGCCGACGUUGCACGACCACAGUCGUUCCCAUCGCAAAUUGCCCUGGCGCUUUUCGUGUCCAAUUUCGCGGGUAUUGUCUUUGCCCGCUCUCUGCACUACCAAUUCUAUGUGUGGUACUACCAUACCCUUCCUUUCCUCCUUUGGAGCACACGGUUGCCAACAAUUGCCAAGUUUGCUGUGCUGGCUGCCAUCGAGUAUUCCUGGAAUGUCUAUCCAUCAACGGAUCUAAGCAGUGGACUGUUGUUGGUUGCCCACCAAGUGCUGCUUUUCAGUCUGAUUUUCUGGCCAGAGCCAAGCACCCUGACGCCGGUCGUCUCCAAAGCCACCAAAUCGAGUCACAAUGCAUAGGUGUGAGGGCGUCCAUGUGCUCAUCUCAUUGUAUGGUGCUAUGAUUUCUGAGUAA